AUGAGAUUCAAACAAACUGAUAUAUCAUUGGCAGGUGGUCUACAUGACGCUCUAAAAUGUGCUGCACCAGAUGCUCGCGUCAUUGCCGCCUUUGAUUGGGAUCCUUUGGCCAUUGCUGUAUAUGAAGCUAAUCACGGGUCGGGUAUUGCCAGAAGGAAAGACAUCUCACAGCUAACUGCAGAUGAGAUAGAGGUCUUUGACGCUGAUAUAUGGUUGGCAUCACCAGCCUGUCAACCAUACACGGUACUAGGUCUCCAGAAAGGAGUGGAUGAUCCCAGGGCCAGGAGUUUCCUCCAUCUGAUCAACGAAGUUCUGGUGACCCUGGCAACGCGGAACAAACACCCAGAAUAUAUAAUUGUUGAAAAUGUAGCGGGAUUUGAGACUCUAGGGUAUCAAGUUUCAGAGUUUCUGCUAAGCCCGAAGCAAUAUGGUAUCCCCAAUGCCCGACUUCGGUACUACCUUGCAGCCCGAAAGGCCGAGGGCGUAUCCGGCUCUUCAUCAAGGGUACUAACGACUAUACCUGGCGAUCUUGGUGCUGUUGAAUCCGAAGGAAUUAAGAAAAUUGCCGACUAUCUGGAUCCUCUCCCUGACCAAUCUACCUUGGUGCCAGAACGAAUUUUAGUUCGGUGGGGGAAGGACGACGUAGGCUACACCCAUUUGAUUGAAGGGUCCGGGUCUAUCCUACAGAUAAACGAAGAAAUGGACACGACUGAGGCAUUCAACGAGUUUGCGGCUCGCCAAGAAGCUGGAGACGAUGAUGCAGUGUCUACCUUGCAUAAGCUUGUACUACGGUACUUUUCGCCAGAGGAGCUUUUGCGCUUAUUUUAUCUCUCGCGACCCACACGACCAUUCGUCUGGCCGCAGAACACCUCUCGCAAAUCCAAGUAUCGUCUUAUUGGAAACAGUGUCAACGUUGAAGUUUCUUCACAUCGGGACUCGUUGCGAGGGCAAUUCUAUGGCCACUGUUCACGACUUUUCUGCAUAGAAAUUUCGUUUACCACUGGCCCGAGUUUUGACUAUUGUGGGUGUGGGCAGUCGCUGACAAAGUCGAAAUUGUCAGAAGGUUCCACCUCCUCUGAAUUGCCAGGUCACGCGGCGGAUGAGGCAGACCAUGACCAGAAUAAUGGAUAA